AUGUCCGAUAAUAAAGCAGCUGCUGUCAACACCUCGAUGUCUGCGGCGAUGUCAUCCGAAUUCACACAACCCGACCAACAACAAGCUCAACAAGUAGGAUUAAUUUAUCGAAACCACCAACAACCCCUUCCCGGAGACUACUUAGAUGGUGCCGACUACCAUUCCACUUCAACCGAUCAAUCUCCACUACCCACUACACCAUCACCACCGGCCCAAAUUCGUUCCAAUACAUCUAUAACGCAACAGCAACCUGACCAACCAUACUACGUGAAUGCAAAACAAUACCAUCGUAUACUCAAGAGGAGGAUAGCGAGAGCAAAGCUUGAAGAGAAUCUGAAGAUUCAACGCGGUCGCAAACCCUAUUUACACGAAUCCAGACAUAAGCAUGCUAUGAGAAGACCAAGAGGACAAGGAGGACGAUUUUUAACCGCUGCCGAAAUUGCUGAAAAGGAACGAUUGGAAAAGGUUGAAGACAUGCAAAAAGAUAAUGAAAGUGAAGAACAAUAUCCCGAGCAACCGGCAGAGGAUGAUAAAUAA